CCUGUUUACUUCUACUACACGCUGACGAAGUUCUUCCAAAAUCAUCGACGAUAUGUCGCUUCGCAGGAUCCAGUUCAAUACAGAGACAAAUGGACUGUGGAUGCUGCUGGAGUACCAUCGACGGGUUCCUUCAGCGGGUGUUGGCCUCUUGAAUCUUACACAGAGUCGAUCGCUGGCAAAGAAGAGAAGAUUUACUACUACCCUUGUGGUCUCGGUGCCCUGAGCUUUUUCAAUGAUACAUUUCUACUUCAAGACUCCAACUCCAAUGUUGUCCCCUGGACCAAAGAGGGAAUAUCAUCACGUGCUGGAUUGAAAGGCCGCUACGCAAGUCAAAGUGAGGCAUGGCUAAAGCAGAACUCGGGACGUUACAACUGUUGGCAUAAUGUUUCGGAUGAGGAUUUCAUGGUGUGGAUGAGACCAGCGGCAUCACCGGAUUUCUGGAAGCUUCACAGGAUAAUUCCGAACGGUCUGAAAGCAGGCACGUACCGUCUUUCAAUCAAUGUCAACUUUCCUGUUGCAAGCUUCAGAGGGACUAAAGGCUUUGUUCUGACAAAUGCAAACACCUUCGGAACGGAUCGAACGGUGAGGAUUGUUUUCGUGCCAUGGCCAGCAGCAAUCCUGAAAAUUUCAGUAGUU